CGGGGAUCUAAGCGAAAUAUAGGCGUAUUAGAUUCACGCGUAAGUAAAAUUUUGACGGUCGCUACCUGUGACGCUUCCUGCGCGAGAUCCAAUGAAACAUCAAUACUCCUUCCAUCCUUUGAUUGAAGUUCUAGUUUUUCGAACAAACAUUCUCUUGCUUGGGCCUAAAACGAAAAUAAUAAAAUGCGUGUUAAACAAAAUACUCGAAUUUAUUCAUUUGAUUAAAAUCAUUUAUUUUGCAAUGAAUUCAAAGCGUGUGUAAUAAAACUACGAACGUGUCAUUACCAACAUCAGUUGAACAAGCAUCUCCAGCAUAUCCGGUCCAAGAUCCAUACUCGGUGCAUUGGUAAAAUUUUCGUAUAUAUAACGAAAAGUACCAGCGGCUCGAAGAAAGGCGUCAAUCGCCUGAUCUAAGCCUCGUGUGGACAAUCGAUCUUGUUUCGCAGCCAAUUGAGUAUAAAGAGCAGCAGCGUUAAAUAAAAUUGAAGCCUUCUCAAACGCGACAGUUCGUUGGCAACUCGGAACUCCUGUCAACGAGUCGAACCAUUCGAAAUAGAUGCCAAGACUUCGAUCAGGAGGAAAAAAUCUUCGUUCAACGAAGUAUAAUUGAUUGUAAUACCGCAACAACAAUGCAAUACCUGCAGUGUCUCUGGUCGGUGUACGUGUUGCCUUUAAACAAUAGAAAAAAAAUUCAAUUAUUUUUUAUUAUUUUAUUCCAUUUUGUCGGAAUUCAACUAUUAAUAGCUCACCUGUCUAGUUUCCAUUAGAUCUGCUAUUGCUUCUUCAUAAUUUACUCCAUCUUCGCUAUAAUGUUCGAGGAUGAAAUCCUGUAAUGCAAUAUAUAUAUAAAUACAUAUAAGUACAUAUAUAUAUAAGUAUAUAUAUAUAUGUAUAUAUAAUAUAUAUAUAAUAUAUAUAAGUACAGUAAUAAUACAUUACAUAGUAAAUGAUAAAUAUAAAUAAAAUAGAAACAAAAAAUAGAAAUUAAUAAAAUAAUAAACAAUUGCAUUGUUUGACGAGUUCGAUACUUAUUGCUUAGCGACCACGAGAAUUCGUGUUAUGUGUACAAAAUGUCGAGAAUCACGCUCGAUUUAUUACGAAAACGUUCGGAACAUAAUGAGGGCGAAAUUUCAACUCUUGAAGAGAUCGCAUUACAUCAAGAAAAUAUCGUGAAGAUAGAAUUGAUUGAUAAAACAUGCAGGCAUAUGAAGAUUCUAUUAUUGCAAAAUAAUCUCAUAUCAAAAAUUGAAAAUCUAAGUAAAUUAAAAAGGUUAGAAUAUUUGAAUUUAGCUCUGAAUAAUAUAGAAAUAAUCGAAAAUUUGGAAGGGCUUGAGAGUUUGAAAAAAUUGGAUUUAACUGUUAAUUUUAUCGGUGAUCUCCGAGGGAUCAAAAGUUUAAGAUGUAACGAACAAUUGGAACAGCUAUUUUUGAUGGGAAAUCCGUGUGCGGAUUAUCAAGAUUAUAGAGAAUAUGUAAUUGCGACAUUGGUACAAUUAAAGGAACUUGAUGGAACAUCGAUCGAAAGAUCGGAUCGCAUAAAAGCAUUGCAACAUUAUGCUGAAAUCGAAGGGGAAAUUGUUAGAAGUUGCGCGAGACAUAAAAUAAAAAGAGAAGCUGAAUUAUUAAGUUAUCACGAGCAAAUAAAAUCACAGGAAAAUCAAAAAGAUGCAAAUAAAGAGAAAAAUGAAAAUGAAGAGGAUAAACAAAUAGAGGAUAAAGAAGAAAAAGAAGAUGAAUUAUUUUGGAAUCAAACUAGUCGUCACACACCGGAGGAACGCAUCGCUAUUGCGGAACGAUUUUUGCGAAAACAAACACAAAAAAAUCGGAAAAAAGAUCAAAUAAUCGAAUCACGAACUACUUAUAAAUUAAAAUUAUUUGAUUCUAAAGGCAAACCCUAUAAUAUUAAUCAGCCAAAAGUAUCUUUCAAAUUAAAUGAAGAAGAAGAUAGGGAUCACAUUAUUUUAGAGAUUGCUCUAUACAGAUACUUGGACACUUGUUACGUUGAUGUAGAUGUGCAUCCUGAUUACGUGCGCGUAACUAUAAAAGGAAAAAUAUUACAAUUGACCUUACCCUGUGAAAUAUCAGUAAACGGCAGCACGGCACGAAGAAAUACGACGAACGGGAAGCUAAUAGUGAUGAUGCCACGUUUAAAUGGAUUAUCUACGAUAUUCUCUAAUAAUAAAAAGAUAAUUAAACAAAAUCUCAACCGAUGUACAACAAUCGAACGACGAUCAGCAAUGAGUGUACGGGAAUAUUUAGAAAUUGGUCCGGAAAAUAAUUUAGAUUUUUUGAAAAUUGUCAACCCAUCGACUAACAAAACAAUUGUCAAUAAUCAAGUAGAAAAAUCAAAAAAUGAAGAGAUUUGUUGCGACAAUAAUUUGGAAAUACCACCACUUGAAUGAAAGAGACUAACUUUUAUAUAAAAUACUCACCUUGAAUGGAUCCUGAAAAUCUAUAUCUUUGGUUUCCUUCAAACCUAAUGGUAUCAUUGGCAUUGCCGGUUCUUCGCUAAAAAUACACAUAUACAUAUACAUAUAUAGAUGUAAAGUUAAGUGAAUUUAAGCUGUGUCGAAUCAAUAUAAAAACAUUUCACAAACCUGUCACCAUUUUGAUACAGUUCAACUGAACUGUUUAAUUCGGCAAGUUGUUCCUUCAGUAAUUGCAAGUUUGAAUUAACGAAACUCAAUUCCAACGCAACAGUUUCUCUCAAUUUCCUAUUUGUUGUUGCUCUGAAAUAUAAAAUAAUGUGUAAUUAUAUGUAAUUGAGUAGCAGUGAGAUAUAUGUAAGAAGAAUGAAAGACAAUUACUUAAAAA